AUGUGUGAAGUCCAAGCCCGCACCGUCCUCUGGCAUUUGGUAUUUAUCGGCUUUGCCGUCAACUAUAUGCUCUGCAUUAAUUUGAAUAUAACAAUUGUGGAUAUGGUUGUGCCGGCCAAAAAUAAGUCACUGCCGGCCCAAGGUACUGGGAAAUUAUCAGAAAAUAUGACUGAAUACAAUGUUACAUCGAUAGGAAGUUUGUAUGGACUGAAGGUUAUAGAGAACGUAUCUUCGGAAGAGCCCAUUCCCGCCAAUCAAAUCCGCUUCAACUGGAAUGAAUAUCAGCAAUCCUUAGUGUUGGGUUCAUUUUUCUGGGUCCAUUGGAUGACCCAGCUGCCGGGUGGCAUUUUGGCCAAAAAAUAUGGUACCAAGCUGGUAUUUGGUCUGUCAAAUGUGAUCGGGUGUUGGUUGUGUUUUCUAAUACCAGCUGCGGCCCAUUGGGAUUAUAAGGCCCUCAUAGUACUGAGAGUACUGCAGGGUCUUAUUAUGGGUUUCACUUGGCCAGCCAUGCAUGUGUUGACCGCCAAAUGGAUACCGCCCAAUGAACGUAGUAAAUUUGUGACCGCUUAUAUGGGCAGCUCGGUGGGCAUAGCUGUGUUUUAUCCUCUUUUUGGUUAUAUCAUGCAUUGGGGUUCAUGGGUGUGGGUCUAUCAUUUCUGUGGUAUUUUGGGUACCGCGUGGUGGUUGGGAUGGCUCUACUUCGUCUAUGAUACACCAGCUCAACAUCCACGAAUAAGUGAAGAGGAAUUGCGUUACAUUGAAGUAGCAUUGGGUACGACGGUGCAGAGAUCGCCAGCAGUGGGAACACCAUGGAAGGAGAUUCUACUUUCACGACCUGUGUGGAUGAAUGUCAUUGCCCAGUUUGGUGUGAUAUGGGGUCUAUUUACCCUGAUGACUCAGGCGCCGACAUAUUUUAGUGUCAUACAUAAUUGGAAUAUUCGAGCGACGGGCAUAUUAUCCGGCUUGCCGCAUUUGUUGCGCAUGGCCUUCGCCUAUGGAUUUUCCGUAUUUGCCGAUUAUCUGCUGAAAUCGGAGAAAAUUAGUCGCACAAAUAUUCGCAAAUUGGCAACGCAAUCCUUUGAAGCCUGGAAAUUUGUAUUCCUUAUAACUGGCCUCAUCUUAAUUGGCUGUGGGGUACUGUACGUUCUCUUUGCCGAUUCCACGUUGCAGAAAUGGAACGACUAUAAUGCACGCAAGGAUGACAGGGAGUCAAUGCGGCUAACGAAGGAUAAUUAA